AUGACAGAAGCCCUGACAGAAACGACAGCCGAGUACACCUACGACGAGCACGCUUUGGCCUGCAAUAAGACUGACAUCCAGGGAUUUGGCAAAAUAUUUCUGCCCAUCUUUUACAUUGCAGUCUUUGCUCUCGGCCUCACAGGCAAUCUCCUAGUCAUUUUGGCCAUUGUGAAAGAAGGCAGUAAAAAAAGUAUCACUGACAUCUAUCUCCUGAAUUUAGCAAUCUCAGACCUUCUCUUCGUCAUCUCCUUACCCUUCUGGGCUUCCAACACGGUGCGUGGAUGGACCCUUGGGACUACUGCAUGCACAGCUGUUUCCUCUCUGUAUUACAUUGGCUUCUUUGGGGGCAUGUUCUUUAUCACUGUUAUCAGUAUUGACAGACACUUGGCCAUCGUCCGGGCAACGUAUUCCCUGAGGUCCCGAACAGUGAAACAUGGCUUCCUUAUAACCUGUGGAGUGUGGGCAACAGCACUUUUAGUUUCAGUGCCACAUUUUGUGUUCUCCCAGCUGGUAGAUGACGACUGCAUUCCUGUAUUCCCCCAGGAGCUGGAGAACAUCUGGCCGGUGUUUUGCAACGUGGAGCUGAACACCGUCGGCUUUCUCAUCCCAGUCUGUAUCAUAAGCUAUUGCUACUGUGGGAUCAUCAAAACCCUGCUGGCCUGCAAAAACCAGAAAAAAACACGAGCCAUAAAGCUGACCCUGGUUGUGGUCAUCGUGUUUUUUCUCUUUUGGUCCCCCUACAACAUCCUGAUUUUUCUAGAGACUUUAAACCACUAUGAGCUCUUCACGAACUGCAACCAGAUCAGAUCGCUGGACUACGCCAUGCACCUGGCCGAGACCAUUGCAUUCAGUCACUGCUGUCUCAACCCUCUGAUCUAUGCCUUUGCUGGGGAAAAGUUCAGGAAAUACCUCUAUCGUGUCUGCUUGAAGUACUGCCCCUGCCUGUGCUUCUGUGGUCCCUGCAGCCGCUACCAGGUCACCUCUUCAUCCAGCUACGCAGAAAGCAUUGUGAACAGCAACAUCACCCUGAACACCAGUGACCAGGACGGCUCUGUCUUCGUCUAA